CCCCGCCCCUGCCCGUGACGUCAGGGCUGUCCGUGGGCGCCGCGCCGGGAGGAGCCGCCGCCGCUCCGCGCGGGGCCGGGGCCGGGGCCGCCGCAGCGCCGUCGGUGCGAGUGGGUGGCCCCGCAGGCCACCAUGCCGCUGGGGCAGGAUGGGCCCAGCUGGAAGAAGAGGACCGAGGACAUUCGGCGCAUCUACGACUUCCGAGAGGUCCUGGGCACCGGGGCCUUCUCCGAGGUGGUCCUGGCGGAGGAGAAGGCGACGCGGAAGCUGGUGGCCAUCAAGUGCAUCGCCAAGAAGGCGCUGGAGGGGAAGGAGACCAGCAUCGAGAACGAGAUCGCCGUCCUCCACAAGAUCAAGCACCCCAACAUCGUGGCCUUGGAUGACAUCUACGAGAGCAGCACCCACCUCUACCUCAUCAUGCAGCUGGUCUCGGGGGGGGAGCUCUUCGACCGCAUCGUGGAGAAGGGCUUCUACACCGAGCGGGACGCCAGCACCCUGAUCCGGCAGAUCCUCGACGCCGUCAAGUACCUACACGACAUGGGCAUCGUCCACCGCGACCUGAAGCCCGAGAACCUGCUCUAUUACAGCCUGGAGGAGGACUCCAAGAUCAUGAUCAGUGACUUCGGGUUGUCGAAGAUCGAGGGCUGCGGCAGCGUCAUGUCCACGGCCUGUGGCACCCCCGGCUACGUGGCCCCUGAAGUGCUGGCGCAGAAGCCCUACAGCAAGGCGGUGGAUUGUUGGUCCAUCGGGGUCAUCUCCUACAUCCUGCUCUGCGGUUACCCCCCUUUCUACGACGAGAACGACGCCAAACUCUUCGAGCAGAUCCUGCGGGCUGAGUACGAGUUCGACUCGCCCUACUGGGAUGACAUCUCGGACUCGGCCAAGGACUUCAUCCAGCACCUGAUGGAGAAGGACCCCAGCAAGCGCUUCACCUGCGAGCAAGCCCUGCAGCAUCCCUGGAUUGCCGGGGACACGGCCCUGAACAAGAACAUCCACCAGUCGGUGAGCGAACAGAUCAAGAAGAACUUCGCAAAGAGCAAGUGGAAGCAAGCCUUCAACGCCACGGCGGUGGUGAGGCACAUGAGGAAGCUGCAGCUGGGAACCAGCCAGGAGGGCCCUGGGCAGACGACUCUUACCAGCCCCAGUGAGCAGCUGGCGGGGGGCACCAGUAACGGGUCGGACUGGGGGUGCCCACCCGUGAGCAGAGCUCAUCGCCUCCCUCCAGACUGAGCACAGCCCCCCCAUGGCUGCAUCCCUGGGGGGGCGGGUCAGGGAGGGAGCUGGGGGGGGUCCAGCCCUCCCCCAGGCACAGUGUGGAGUGGGGGACCCUGCAGGGCUGGAGUAGGGCGAGGGAUGGUGUGGGGGCAUCCUGCCCUGCUUGCCCCGGGGUAUGUGGGGCUGCCCCCCACCGCAGGCUCGCAGCAGAGCUGGGGCAGCCCCCAGGAGCCCCCCCCGCCAAGCUCGGGGCUGUGUCCCGGGCCCACAUCCCCCCCGCUCCACCCCACGCCUGCCCUGGCACUGCCCCACACCCCACCCUCAGCCUGUUCAAGGAGAAUUUUCCAAAUGGAUGUUUCUAUUUUAUUGCUUGUAAUAAAGGCAAGAGGCCAACA